UCAGAUAAUUUACCCGCGGGAUCUGAUGAGUGUAAGAGAAAGGUCCAACUGAGCCAACUUCUUGGAAUUAUAGUCUUAGGUGUCCAAGAAUUAAUCCUGAUAUCCUUGGGCAUACUAGUUGUAUAUAGCACUAGAAGGAUGAUAAGGGAAGAAAAAGAAAAACGAGAGGGCCAGUAUAGGCACCUAGAAGCACCAAUAAACAGAGAUGGAGUAGAGUCACUUGCUACAAUUGAAAUGCUUCAUCGUCAAUACGCAGCCGCCAAUUCGUUGCCAAAACCUUUCGAUACUUCUCCCGGAAAUAAUCCGUCUAACAUCUCCCCAAACACAGAGAAUAAUGCAGCAGAAGCACGAGAACCAAUGGGCACGCAGAUAGGCGCAGGCGUAGAGGAAUCGCGAAAUCUCAAACGAGCGCAAACACGAACAUUUCUUCCUACUCGACAGUCAAUACUUCCACAAAACACGGUGGCGCCAUCAACGCUUCAACGACAAGAGUCU